AUGGUACUAGACGAAUCUUCUUUCAAACAAUUAGCAAGAAGCUUCCAUGUUAGAUUUAACAAAAUCCUCUCGAAGCUUCUUGACAUUGCUUGUGGAAGAGAUCCUCCACUCUUUUUUCUCACAACAAUCUCACUUUAUAUCCUAUCCAUCAUUGGGACAUAUUUCAACUUUGUAAAUCUCCUGUUCAUAGGGUUUGUAAACAUCCAAACCUUGCCGGUUCUGUAUGAGAUGUACGAGGAUGACGUGGAUAGAGUGGCGGGUAAGUUGGUUAGGAAGAUGAAGAAGCUAUACAGGAAUGUCGACUCGAAUGUUCUUAGCAAGAUCCCAAGAGGAACUAUUCAUGUACAAUAUCAGAAUUUAUGUGCGGCACAUGGUGAUUAUGAUUUCUGUAAUGAUAUCUUCUAA